AUGAAUUCCAUCAUGUCACUGGGUGCCCCUCUGAAGCAGUUCACCAGCUGUGUGUCGGGGAAGCGCACGUCCACCAAGAGAGGGACAAAGGGCAGCCAGUCCGUCCGCAGAAGCAGCUUCACCCGCAGGAAGAGCGUCAGUAGGAGGAGAAGCCUUCCCUGCAGCAACCAGAAGGUGCCCGACUCCUGGCUCAGACUGUACCAGGAGGACCUGCAGAGAGAGCGGAAACGUCAGCAAGCCAUACUGGCCAAGAAGAACGCAGAGAGGACCGUUAGAAAGACUCACUUCAGGAGCCAUCACUGCCUCCCGAGGCAGACCAGCACGGCCAGGAAACCGGCCCCGGUGAAGGACGAGUCCUUCUUCGGAGCCUUCCAAGGCCUCAGUCUGGACGGACUGCUGGGAGACGGCCACGGGUCUCCCUCAGUCUCCAUGCCCGCUGUUAAUGGAGAUCAGUGCAAAGUUAUGUGAUACUAAACCAUUUAGGAUGAUCAGACGGUUCAAAUGAUCCUGAAGCCGAAGAGACCUGAUGGACUAAAGGGCUUCUGGACGAAGCCGUUUGGAGUUGAAAAUAUCAGAUGUGCAACCACAAACCUAUUUGUCUGGCCACCUUCCUUUUUAGUUGUUUAUUUUUAUUUAUUUAUUCCUUGAAGGGUGGCUUUGCAUUACUGUCUUUUAAAAAUCUGUUUUGCUAAAUGCAUGCAUAAAGUUGAGCAAAUCUGA